AUGGGACAAAAGGACUAUACAGACAGUGAAGACCAAGCCCUUUCUUUAUCACAAUCCUGCAAUGCAGUCCUAGAGCAGGAAACAGUGCGCAUGCUGUCAAGCGCAUUAUCCACAACAUUUGGAAUAGAUAGUUGCCCCUACUAUGUGACAGAAAACCACUAUAUCACCAAUCCUCUAGAAGAAGCCACAUUCUCCUUGGCAUAUGUAAUGAUUGUUGGCCACGAUUUUGAUACAUUUGAACGACUCCUCAGAGCUAUUUACAUGCCUCAAAAUGUCUACUGUGUUCACCUAGAUAAGAAAGCCACAUAUAAAUUUAAACUUGCCGUGGGGCAAUUAGUGGAAUGCUUCCCAAAUGUUUUUAUAGCCUCAAAGUCUGAAUAUAUCAUUUAUAGGGGAAUAUCCAAACUCCGGGCUGAGUAUAUCUGCAUGAGAGAACUUCUAACUUCAGAUGUGCACUGGAAAUACAUCAUUAAUAUAUGUGAUCAUGAUUUUCCCCUGAAAACCAAUAAGGAGCUAGUUCAAUAUUUGAAAACAUGGAAGGGGAAAAAUAUUACACCUCACUUAGGGUCCAUUCAGAAAUCUGCUGAAAGGAUCAACUAUGUCCAUAUAGAGCAUAGAAACAGAACAAACUCUUCGGUCUUAAAGAAAGAGCAAAAGAAGAACCCACCUCCGAAUAAGCUUAAAAUCCACUUUGGUUCAGCAUAUGUUGCUCUAACAAGGCAGUUCGUCCAAUUUGCUCUUUUUAGUAAAAUAGCCACUGAUUUACUCCAUUGGUCUCAAGAUAGCUACAGUCCAGAUGAACAUUUCUGGAUUACACUUAACAGUAUUCCAGAUGCUCCUGGAUCGAUGGCAGGAGGAAACUCAAAUACAAGUCUUACAGCUGUGAAGUGGAUUUUCCAGGAAAAUGUUCAUAAUGGCUGUCAUGGCCACUACUGGCAAGACAUGUGCGUCUAUGGGACUGGUGAUUUAAAGUGGCUUUAUAACUCUUCAAGCAUGUUUGCUAGCAAAUUCGAGUUUAAGAAGUACCCACUGACUGUGGAAUGCCUAGAACUGAGGAUUCGAGAGAGAACCCUAAAUCAGAGUGAAAUCCCAGUGUCGCCAGACUGGAAGUUUCUCCCACAUUAUAGCUAUGUUAAAGAAGAAAACAUCAAAAAACAGCAAUAAAAAAGCCAGUUGCUCUCA